UAGUGCCCUUUCCAGCCUCUGGACACUUGGUCCUUGUAACCCUCUCUUCCACUACCAUGAUCAGGCCACCUCCCAUUUCGCUUUUGCAUGUUUUCAUCGUAUUUUCUUUUCUCUCCGCCGUCUCUUCCGUCUCCGGGUGGCGCCCAUGGCCCCACCUCCGAUCCAACUCAUCUGAUCUUCUAUAUACUGGCUCUAAGAAAUUCGAGGGUUCCUCUGAGUUCGUUCACCUGCGUUACCACAUGGGACCAGUCCUCACCACUAACAUCACAGUACACACAAUCUGGUACGGCGCGUGGCAGAAGUCUCAGAAGAAGAUCAUCCGCGAGUUCAUUGGCUCCAUCUCAGCCGUUCGUUCCACCCACCCUUCAGUCGCCGGAUGGUGGAAGACAGUACAACUUUACACCGAUCAAACAGGCGCCAACAUCUCCCGCACUGUUCACUUAGGAGAGGAGAAGAAUGAUCGGUUUUACUCCCACGGGAAAUCACUGACGAGGUUAUCAAUACAAUCUGUGAUAAAAAGUGCGGUCACAGCUCGAUCAAAGCCAUUGCCAAUAAAUCCUAAAAGUGGGCUGUAUCUGUUGCUGACGUCCGAUGACGUGUACGUUCAGGAUUUCUGCGGGCAGGUCUGCGGAUUCCACUAUUUCACUUUCCCGGCGAUUGUGGGGUAUACGCUUCCGUACGCGUGGGUGGGCAAUAGUGCGAAGCUGUGCCCGGGAGUGUGUGCCUAUCCUUUCGCCGUACCAGAUUAUAUCCCGGGGCUGAAGCCAAGAAAAUCACCAAACGGGGACGUAGGAGUGGAUGGGAUGAUAAGCGUGAUCGGUCACGAGAUUGCAGAGCUGGCAACGAACCCGUUGGUGAACGCUUGGUACGCCGGGCAGGACCCAACUGCGCCGGUGGAGAUAGCGGAUUUGUGUGAGGGUAUAUACGGAACGGGAGGAGGUGGAUCCUAUACAGGGCAGCUAUUGGAGGGACAUGAUGGUGCCACGUAUAAUAUGAACGGAAUCAGGCGGAGGUACUUGGUUCAGUGGUUGUGGAAUCAUGUGGUCAGUUACUGCACUGGCCCUAAUGCACUGGAUCAGUAGAUGAGUUUGGUUUUUGUAAUUUGUAGUUUUGGGGUUUCUAUGAUUUUUAUAUUUGUUUGGGUUUGUGGGUGGUUUUGUGGAAUGCAUAUUUUGGCCGAGGUCGUUAAAAAUGUGUAAUAAUAUAUUAUUUUUUGUUUACUGUUUGUAAAUAAAAAAAAUAUCUUGAUGAUGA